UCUUACGUUUUAUAACUGAAUUUCACAAUGUUCACGAUGAUUUUCUUCAAUUUUUAAAUUGAAUUUUAUACGUAAUUCUUUCAAAAUGAUUUAUAUUUACUCCUCAAUGUUACUUACAUUUCAUAUUUCAAAUAUUGUUUCGUGUUUUUGUCAAAUACAUUGUGAACGUCGGAUCUAACUUCGACUCUGGAUCAAUGGUAAAAUUUGCACUGCUGAUUUCGUUUCUCACAUCGCUUACAUUCCUACGCUUUUCGACUAUCGUUGUAGAUAUUAAUUUCUUCAAGAAAGAAUUGUAACCAUGAAACCUUCGAAAGUUCUCGACAACUUAUUUAGCAGGCCGAAGAAAAAUGGCUCUGCUCCUAGGUGUUCCAGUAACACUCUUCCUCAUCCAAAAUCUGAAUCUGAUUCAACGGAGGCUGAAGGAGUUGCUAAUUACUUUCAAAACAUGGAUGAGGAUGCGGUUGAUAUAAAAUUUGAAGAAAUGCUUAAUGACAUGAAUUUAACCGAAGAGCGUAAACAACCACUGCGUGAUAAGACGAUGGAAUACAGAAGAGAAUUAUUGAUAAUGCAUCACAGAGGACUUAUGCUGGAAAGUCGAAGUAAAUUUGAAAAACCCAGCGAAUAUGUUCAGUAUUUAAGCCAACCGGAUUUAAGUCCAAAUAAAAUAUAUGGCUGUGUGGAAUCGUUACGAAUAGCUUUAACUAAUAAUCCGCUAAGUUGGGUUCAUGAAUUUGGUACCAACGGAGUCAAACAACUGCUAUCAAUACUUAACGAUUGUUACAUAAAUCGAGAUCCAAAAUACGAACGUAUACAAUAUGAAUGUAUUAAAUGUUUAAAAGCGAUUAUGAAUAAUACCGUCGGCCUGAAAGAAAUAUUUGGCCAAGGGGAAGCUUUACCUAUCAUAGCAAGAUCGCUAGAUCCUUCAAAACCAGGAGUCAUGUUAGAAACCGUAAAAGUUCUUGCUGCUGUUUGUUUAAUCCCACCGAAUGGUCAUGAAAAAACUUUAGAAGCCAUAACCUUGAGCGCAGAUUGUAAUAAUAGCGAACGAUUUAGACCCAUUUUACAAGCCCUUCAGAAUACAACUAACGAAGCCCUGCGAACUGCUUGUCUCCAAUUCAUCAAUGCAAUCGUGGAAACUCCUGAUGACCUGGAAUUCAGAUUGCAUUUGAGGAAUGAGAUCAUGAGAACGGGGUUGUAUGAUAUCUUAGAUACUUUGGAAAAAGAUGCGAAUGAAGAUUUAAUGGUCCAGCUAAGAGUGUUCCUAGAGCAUAAAGAUGAAGAUUAUUUCGAAUUUAUGCAAAAAUUUGACCAUAUUCGUUUAGAAUUCGAUGAUUUAUCAGACUGCUUUGAAGUUGUGAAAAAUUUAGUUGCUGACACGGCGGCCGAACCUUACUUACUGUCUAUUUUACAGCAUUUACUAUUUAUUAGAGACGAUGCUCUGGUUAGGCCAUCGUUUUAUAAAUUAAUUGAAGAAUGUGUUUCUCAAAUUGUUCUUCAUCGGAAUGGUUGCGAUCCUGAUUUUCGGGUUUCCAGACGAUUCAACAUCGAUGUCCAACCGCUAAUCGAUACUUUAGUCGAACAAUCGCGACUAGAAGAAGAAAAAAAAGCAGAAGAACUUUCGGCCAAAUUAGAACAAGCCAUUGCAGCUCGUCAAGAAAUCGAAGCUGAACUGAACCUUGCAAAGAAAACUAUUCAAGAACUUCAAAAUUCUCCGUCAGGAGGACUUGGUCCCGGUCGGCAAAGCAUCAUACCCGGAGGCCCCGGCGCACCACCACCCCCUCCUAUGCCUCCUCCGAUGCCAGGCAUGGGCCCACCGAUUGGUAAACCUGGUGGUGGACCACCGCCACCUCCACCUCCUCCUCCACCUAUGAUGGGAGGAAGAGGAGGCCCACCUCCACCUCCGCCACCACCUAUGCCUGGAGGAAGAGGCGGUGGUCCUCCUCCGCCACCUCCGUUUGGUGGUUUUGCUCCUCCUAAACCACCGGAUACGCUGCCUCACGGAUUAAAACCGAAGAAAAAAUGGGAAGUCGAAGGAAUCAAAAGACUUAACUGGAAAACGAUUGUUCCUCAUAAAUUAUCUGAAAAAUCAUUCUGGGUGAAAGUUGACGAAGAAAAGUUAGCAUCACCUGAAAUAUUAAACGGAUUAGCUCAAAGAUUUUCUUCGAAGCCGGCUCAUAAAAGAGCCAAUGAUGUCAUCGAUAAAGCUGGAACGUUGAAAAAAGUGAAACAAUUACGUGUGAUCGAUUCCAAAGUUGCCCAGAAUUUAUCCAUUCUUCUCGGUGGACCGUUAAAACAUUUAAAAUAUGAAGACGUUAAGAAAAGCAUAUUUAGAUGCGAUACGAGCGUACUAUCGGCCAAUAUUUUAGAGCAAUUAAUUCUCUAUUUACCUCCACCGGAUCAACUGAAACGCCUAGAGCAAUUCAAAUCUGAAUACGAUGAUUUAACUGAAGCGGAACAGUUCGCUGUUACGAUAUCGGAAGUAAAGAGGCUGUUACCUCGAUUAAAGUCAAUUAGUUUUAAGCAGCGGUUUUCCGAAAUGAUAAACGAUAUUAAACCAAAUAUCGUUAAUGGAACGGAAGCCUGCAAAGAAGUUAAACAAAGCAAAAAGUUCAAUAAAGUUUUAGAGUUGAUUUUAUUGAUGGGAAACUUUAUGAAUAGCGGAUCCAAAAACGAACAAGCGUUUGCAUUUGAAAUUAGUUUCUUACCAAAGCUCUCAUCUACAAAAGAUGUUGAGAAUAAAUCUACUAUGCUGCAUUAUUUGGUCGAUAUCAUCGAGAAAAAUUUCUCCGAAAUAUUGGAUUUCCCCAAUGAACUAACUCACGUCGAAGAUGCUGCAAAAGUGUCCAUCGAUACCACUCAAAAAACGUUGUACCAAAUUGAAGUGAAUGUGAAGAAUUUAAUCACCGAUUUAAAUAACAGCCGAAGUCCGCAGUGCGAUGAUGAUAAAUUCGAAGAAGUUAUGAGCAAUUUUUCCGAAUACGCUCAACAACAAUGUUCCGUUUUGCAGAGUAUGUUCAAGAUUAUGGAAAGUAAUUAUCAAAUAUUAGCCGAAUAUUACGCUUUCGAUAAGACUAAAUAUACCUUUGAAGAAUUCUUCGGUGAUUUGAAAACGUUCAUUGUUUCAUUUAGAGAUGCGUAUAAAGAAAACGUCAAGAUACGCGAAACCGAAGAGAAGAAUAGGCGAAUGAAAGAAGCUCGAGAAAAAGCCGAAAGGGAGAAAGCCGAACGUGCCAGUCGUAGACAGGCGGCGAUGAUCGAUUUCACUGAUCAAACUCAGGAUGGAGUUAUGGAUAGUCUUUUCCUAGCCCUUCAAACUGGUUCAGCUUUUAAUCGUAAACCAAGAAAUAGGAGACCUCCACCAGUCAAUGGCCCCCAAGGAGGAAGAACGCGAUAUUCUAUAAAUAAGCUAGCAUCUUCAAGAGAGUUAACUGCUGAAGCUCACGCGAAUUCGUAGUAUUUGCACUCGUGGAGGUUAAUUAGAGAUUUAUGUAUUUUUAACGGCUGUUAUACGAACGACAACGUCGUAGGCGGUCAAUUUGACUUGUACUGUGGUAAUAUUUCUUACAUCAUAUCAUCGAAUGAUACAAUCAAACAACGUUUUCUAGUUUAUUAUCCGCGUUUCAUCGAAUUCUUAUUAAUAAGGUGUUAUGGACUUGGAAAUCCAUGAGAUUUUCAAUUUAAUUCAAUUCGUUGCUCAAAGUAUCUUAAGAUGAAAACCUGUAAGGAAGAAAAGUUCUCCAUGAUAAUUCUGCCAAUUUGAAAGUAUUAUCAUUUGUUCCCCUCUUCUUCAUUGAUUUAAUCCGUCUUUCAAAAUAGUUGUGUGUUACUUUGUAUAUUACUAACAUGUACAAAAUUUUAUCAGUAUGUGUAUUUAUUAUGUUAAUAAUUGUGAUGUUAUCAAAACAAUUCCCAUUGUUUUUUUUUAUGUAUUCAAAUCCAUGUCCGCAUGUAACAUCAUUCAUAUAUGGUAUUGUUAAGUUGAAUAUGCAGUGGUGUUUUGUAUUACAUUACUUUAUUGUGUGAAGUAACUUGAUGGAUAAAGAAGGCGAGAUAUUACCAAAGCCUCGAGACUAGUUUUUUUUUUAUCGACUGGUACACGAGUGCAACGUAAUUAAUCAACUCGUCAAUAUGUUACCAUUUUUUUUUUGUCGAAUUCAGUUUGCAGUUUUAUAAAUUGAGAUUUAUACUCUAUUUUAUUUAUGGAGAAAGUACAAACACCAGUGAAAAUAAUUGCAUUUGUUUUUUAAUUCUUUUUUUUUUAUCAUUAUUUUAUUUAAUACCUACCAAAUACAAUAAACAGAUUUUAAGUUAUUUAUUUAUACCUAAUUACCUAUUACGUAAAUUUUUUUGAAAACUUAUGACAGUGAAUACGUAUUUAUUCAUCAGCAAUCUAGCAUUUGUACGUUGUUACCGGUUGCCAUUUUUACUGUAUCGUUUCGUUCAUUCAAAUAACUUCAUUUACUGUUUUUUUUUUUUUUUUGAUAAUUUUUAUACUUGCAUUUGUAAAAUUGUUAUUGUUAUUGAACGAUAUCGAAUACAAGUCGAAACGUGAAA